AUGCGACAUCGCACACUCACAGCUCUAUUAGCUGGCGCAAGCUUUGCGUUUGCUGCCCACAAGCCAUUUAGCAUACAGGAUGAUGUGCUAGCCAACCCUCAGUUCGAGGUAGUCUUCCCUGAUGAGUAUAUACUAGAAUCAGACGCACAACUACGGCUUGUCAAAUCCCAGUCAAAGCAUAAGGAUGCUACAAAUACACCUUCUCAACCAUCGGAUGCACCGAAUAUCGUUUCUCAGGACGAGAGAUCCGAGCUAUCAGAACAGGCGCCACUUCAAGGAGAAUCAGAAGCUGAUGAUGAGGAAUUGAUGAAAGAUGAGGAUGAUGUAUCAAUCGAUUCUUAUCAUGAAAUGGUUCUGGAUGGCCAGCGGUUUCUUUGUGGAAUUCCAAGUGUAACACCCACCGGAAAGGAUAAUACAUCUACUUCUACACCUAACCCAGAAGACGAGGCACUUGAGCUGGCAAGGGCAACCAACCGGGGCCUUGAGCUGCUCAGUGACCUGGAAGGGAAAUGUCUGUAUUACGCUGCAGGCUGGUGGUCAUAUUCCUUCUGCUAUAUGAAGGAGGUACGGCAGUUUCAUGCACGAGUUCCCGGGCAAGGGGUUCCUGUCUAUCCGCCGGCAGAAGAUCCGGACUCAAAAACCUACGUCCUUGGAAGAUUCCAAAAGAAUUCAGAACGUGGCCAGCCUACGGCGGCCUCUACUGAGGUGGCUGCGUUGCAAACCAAGGGAGAGUCGUGGUACUUGGUGCAAUAUCUCGAACGGGGUACGAUUUGUGAUUUGACAAGGAGACCCCGUAAGAUUGAGGUGCAAUUCCACUGCCAUCCACAGUCUCCGGAGCAUAUUGCAUGGAUUAAAGAGGUUACCACAUGUUCUUAUGUCAUGAUGGUCUACACUCCAAGACUAUGCAACGAUGUGGCAUUCCAGCCGCCGCAGGUAGAGAAGCCGAACAGCAUAAAGUGUCGGGAGAUUAUAUCACCGGAGCAUGUAUCCACCUGGGAAGCGGCUCUUGCCUCUAAGAAAGAACGUGCUAAGAAGGAGCUGGUCGAAGCUACAGAUGAGCCUUUCGCCACAGUUGGAGACAUCCAAGUUGGUGCUAUGAAAACGGUAGGUAAGGAUGGGAAGCGAAUUGAAAAGGACCAGUUCGGAUUUGGCGGAGAGCCAAAGGUCAAGGUCGUGGCAAGAAGCGAAGGAGGCAAGGUGAAGGUCCUAUCAAAGGAAACACUGAAGAAGCACAAGGUGACCAGCGAGAAGUUCGAGAGGUUGAAGCAGGAAUUGGACGAAGCUGCAGAUGGUGAAGAUUGGAGACUGGAGGAGAUAUCUACAAGCAGGGGAGAGGGGCUUCGGGCGAUCAUUGAUGAUCCAUUCGAUGAUGUUGGAAGAGAGGAGGAAGAGGGAGAAGGAGAAGGAGGCCCAGACACCCAAGCCCAGAACGAGGGAAAAGCAGACAAGGACACGUCCAAGGAGACUAGCCCCGAGGACCAGCAGCAGCAGAAACAGCAGCAGCAGACGAAGAAGAGCACGAAGAAGCAACAGCCAAAGUCAAACAAAGUACGGAUGCUGCGCAAACUACAGGGACAAGCAGCGUCAGAUGAAACUGCGCCUGAAGCUGGUAGUGAUGAAACGUACAAAACCGAUAGCAAAGUGGCAAAGGCAAAGAAGGAGAAGCUCCACAAGACUGACAAGACAGGCAAGUCUGAUAAGGCGGAAAAGAAGGAGAAGGACGAGAAGGACGAGCUGUAG